AUGUCAGCCCCAGCGAAGAAAGCGGCGCCAAAGGCCAAGGCCUCACUCAUUGCGGCCGCCAACCAGCCUGAAGCCUCUUCAUCCAGCGCUCCAGUCCCGCCAACUCUCAACAGAGCUCCGACUGCAGCUUCGUCGUCCUCGGCGCCGCAGCGAGCGGGAACUGCUGCUUCAACGGCGAGCGGGUCCGGAUCUGCGAGAUCCACACCGGCAGAUGGUACCCUGGCGCCAAUAGCUACGGGCUCAAGGUUGAAGUUCAAGCCGAAGGUGCCUAUCAGGAAGGCCAAGAUAGAGCCCGAGGUCAAGCCUGAACCGGCAGCGGCACCUCCGCCGACCAGGGGUGGUGCACGAGGUGGACGAGGCGCACGCGGUGGUCCGGGUACUCGAGGUGGUCGCGGAGGACGAGGAGGUGCAGCCGCGCCCGGUCUGUCAAUCGCAUCAGGCAUCUUUGGUGGUCCUCGAAACAUCCCUUCGACUCGAGGCGGAAGCAACGCUGCUCCAACCCGCAUGUUCUUCGACGACGUCGCGGAUGUCUACUCGGACGACGAAGAGACCGGGACCAAAGCGGACAACAUCGUCGAUAUCAGUGCCGUGUCCGGACUCGGCGAGAGCGCGCCGACAUCCCUCAUCCGAGCCGGACGCGAGACGGGCAAAGGCAAGGAGGAAGAGGACGACAAGAAGCGGCGAAAGGACGAACGGGCGGCCAAGCGGGCCCAGGCGAGUCGGAAGGGCAAGGAACGGGCGUACGGGAAUGUCAAGAAUGAGGAUGUCAAGCCAGAGCCGGUCUCGCCUGUCAAGAGGGGGAUGGACUUGGACCUGGAUCUGGGUGACGACUUUGAUAUGGAGGAGAUGAUGAAUGCGGGCGUGAGGCCGCCGGUGGGGCUCAGGACGGACGAUCAUUUGAUGGAUGGGGAUCUGGACCAGGAUAGGGAUACACAAGGAAGGAGGCUGAAUGAGGCGGGGGAGGAGGUGAAUGAGGCGCAGAUGAUGGAUUUGAGCGAGAGUGAAGAGGAGGAAGAGGAGGAGAGUAUGGAGGGGGACUUUGUGCCUACACCAGGAUUUGACGACCCCAGCUCUAAACUAUACAUCUUUCAAUUCCCCAAUCUCUUCCCCAACUUCCUUCCUCGAGAUCCAGUCGACCUUACCGGCGACGGCGAUGUCAAGCCAGACGUAAAGCCUGAUCUCAAGCCGUCCGCGGCAGAUCUGCGAGCGGGCGCAAAGAAGAAGAAGGAGGCGGUCGUUCCAGAGGGGAGAGUGGGGAGUCUGGUGGUCAUGCGGAGUGGGAAGGUCAAGGUGGUCAUGGGGAAUGAGAUUGUUAUGAACAUUACGCCAGGCGUACCAUGUACCUUCCUGCAACACCUCGUCCACCUCGACACACCCAACAAAUCCGCCAAUGUCCUUGGCGAGAUCAACAAGCACUACGUCGUCACGCCCGAUAUCGAUCGACUGCUCAAGGAGCUCUGGCUGAAUGAUGGGGAAACACCAGGGGAGAAGGCCAAGGUGAGGGUUAAGGUCAAGGCGGAGAAGCUAGACGAUGGGUUGCAGCGGAUGGACGAUGAUUAG